CAUAAUCAGUACACAACUAGAUUACGCACCCAGCAGACGUUUAAUUAUAAUGUUUAAAAACCCUCUUUACGUGUACGGGCCAAAGAAUGUGGAUUUACCGGGAGACCUUAAUUUUGGGGGGUUCUUUUUGGACAAGGUUUGGGAACAUCGAGAUCAAGUGGCUCUGAUCAAUGGAGCUACCGAUGAGACUUUUACAUAUUCGGUCUUGGCACAACAUGUUAUGAAUAUGGCUAUCUCCCUCUCUCAUCUAGGAGUUAGAAAGGGAGAGAUAGUGGCGAUUUGCUCUGAAAACAGAAAGGAAUAUUGGGCAGCAACCUUUGGGUCAAUAUGCGCCGGCGCAACUGUAACUAUGAUCAAUCCUUUGUACACUGAAAGCGAACUAAGGCACGUGCUAAGCAUAACAAAACCGAAAUACAUGUUUUGCUCGCCAGCAUUCUACAAAAACAAAUCCAAAUUAUUGUCGACUCACGCGCAUGUCAAGAAAAUUAUACUAUUCGGCGAUAAGACUAAUAACGCACUUAGUUACUAUGACUUAACAGUAUCUGUUGAUAGUAACGAUAAGGAGAUAUAUUUCAAUGGUUUGAAUCUUAGCAGGAAUGUGAGAUAUGAUGAGUUCCAACCUGUAGAUGUGGUCGGGCAGAGUGAUGUUGUUUUUGUUUUGUAUUCGUCCGGGACGACUGGCAUGCCUAAAGGAGUGAUGUUGACGCAUGUCAAUCUGUUAACAGCGUGUUCGAUGCCAGCUACCGUGGACCCCAAAGUGUCUGGUCUGACGAUUUCCCCCUGGUUCCACGUGAUGGGCCUUAUCGGAACAGUUAUCGCUCUUACUAAAGGCAAAACUGUGGUGUUCUUGCCAAAGUUUGAGGUCAAUUUGUACUUGAAAUGCAUUGAAAAGUAUAAGAUCCAGCAAUUAACAGUCGUUCCUCCAGUGUUAAUAGCGGCUUGCAAGUCCCAGGAGCCUUACGACUUGGGCUCCGUGCGAGUAAUCUACUCUGGGGCGGCUCCUUUACAAGAUGACACAAUUAAAAUCGUCAAAAAUAAAUUCCCCAACGUCGAGGCUGUGAUGCAAGGGUAUGGGAUGACAGAGAUGACUCUAGCAGUCAUCAGGAGUACCUUUGAUCAGACGAAGGUCAUCAAAUCUGGCAGCAUUGGUUCGGUGGUUCCUGGAGCGAUUGUCAAAGUCGUCGACAUAGAUACGGGAAAACCCUUAGGUCCCAACCAAAAAGGGGAGCUCUGCUUCAAAAGCGGCCAAGUCAUGAAAGGUUACGUCGGCAGGAGUAACAAGGAGUUCUUCGACAGCGAGGGAUUCUAUAGAUCUGGUGACAUUGGCUAUUACGAUGAAGACAGGCAGUUUUACAUUGUCGAUCGUUUGAAGGAGUUGAUCAAAUAUAAGGGGUAUCAGGUGGCCCCGGCAGAAAUCGAGUCGCUUCUCCUCCAGCACCCUUCAAUCCGAGACGCUGGUGUGGUGGGGCUCCCAGACCCCACUGCUGGUGAGCUGCCCCUAGCCUUCGUGGUGAAGCAGCCGGGCAGUGACGUCACUGAGAGGGAGAUCCAGGAGUUUGUUGCUGAGAAGCUAUCAAAUCCUAAGCAUCUUCGCGGCGGCGUGCGUUUCGUGUCAGAGAUACCGAAGAAUCCUUCUGGAAAAAUCCUGAGAAAAAUCCUGAAAACAAUGAUUAAGAGAACCAAAGCUAAAUUGUGAUAUCUGUGUAUUUCGUUUAACUACAUAUGUAUAUUUCCUUACUUGUAAAUACAUACAUACAUACAUUCAUAUGGUCACGUCUAUAUCCCUUGCG